CGCGUUCCAAACUUACUGCCAUUCUCCACCUUUUUAGGUGGAGAACUCACUUUUUAGGUGGAGAACUCACUUUUGUGAGGCGGAAGCGCACCUCAUUCUGAAAACGUACCAAGCAUUUCGGCCAUAGAGAUAAAAAAAAAAGAGCAGCCACAGAGAUUAAAAAAAAAGUGAGGCUAGAGUGGCCCUUCGUGCCCAUAAAGCGAAGUAGACAGCAUCCUGUUUCCGUCUCUACCGGAAGAGUAGGUGCACUUCCGUUUCCGGAAUCAAACCGCUCUAGGCUCUAACGUCUCUACACCCGGAAGUUUCGUCGGGAAACCUAUGUGUACAUGGUAGUGGGGGGGGGCAAUAUCCCUCGACGCGACGUUUCCCUCUCUGGCUUCGCCGUCUCUACGUUUGACCCUAUUCCCGUGUGGGCUUGCCAUCGCGAAGGAGGUCUCGCGAGAGUUAAGGAGUUCGGGAAAGCGGUUCCUGGAGCGCCUCUGGAUGCCGGAAAGGAGUAAUGGAAUAUUUCCCAUAACCGUGUGGUCUCAGGAGCGGGAUUGGAAGUGAAAGUUGGCGAUUCAUGGACCCCCGGAUGAGCCCUCCCAAAACCCGGCUGCGGAAAAGGAGGAAGAAGGCCGUUUGGAAGCCGAAGAGGAAACGUCCCCAAGUGGUUGCCCCUGACCUGGAACUCCACCACUGCGACAUCUGCGGGAAGGACAUCAAACACCAGUCCAAUUUCCGGGAACACCAGCGCAUCCACACGGGGGAGCGCCCGUACCAGUGCCAGCGUUGCCAAAAGACCUUCACCCGUUGCGCCGACCUCAUUAAGCACCGCCUGGUGCAUUCGGCCUCCCGGCCCUUCCACUGCCGGAUCUGCGGGAAACGGUUCAAGCUGCAGGCUGACCUGGACAAGCACGCCAAGGUGCAUUCGGACGAGGCCCCUUUCCCCUGCCAUUUGUGUCCCAAGCGCUUCAAGCGGACCUCCUGCCUGGUGAAACACCUGCGGAUCCACACCCAGGAGAAGCCCUUCGCCUGCUCCCACUGCAGCCGGCGCUUCAAGUGGGAAGCCUCGGUCAAAGAACACGAGCGGGUCCACACGGGCGAGCGUCCCCACCGCUGCGACCAGUGUCCCAAAACCUUCACGCAUCGUUCCACCUUCCUGCAGCACCAGCGCACCCAUCAAAAGUACCCCGCCUUCGGCUGCAAGCACUGCCCCAGGUCUUUCAAUCACAAGUCCAACCUUCUGAAGCACGUCCGCAGGUUGCACUCUUAGGGACAAGAGGGCGGGCGAAGGGGCUCAGGAUCCGUAAAUGACCCUCCCUUCCAGGGGUGAAAUCUAGCAGGUUCUGACAGGUUCUGGAGAACCGGUAGCGGAAAUUUUGAGCAGUUGAGAGAACAGCUGGUCCCAGAGUGGAGUGGGAAUGGAGAUUUUGCAAUAUCCUUCCCCCAGGAGUGGGGAGGGAAUGGGGAUUUUGCGGUAUCCUUUUCCUGGAGUGGGGUGGAAAUGGAGAUUUUGCAGUAUCCUUCCCCUGCCACGCCACCAAGCCACGUGCACCAAGCCACACCACGCCCACCAAGCCAUGCCCGCAGAACCAGUAGUAAAAAAAAUUGAAUUUCACUAUUGCUCCCUUCCCUUUCUCAGGGUGCCCAAAGACUUUGCGAGGUGUGCCACGGCCGUCUUCUCACGGAGAAAAAGCUUGCAAAUGAGACCACUCUCCCUAAAUGACUUGUAGAAGAACUAGCAGACAAAAAUGGAGGCGUUCCCUUUGAUUGAUAAUGUUACCUAGUAGGGUAAUUCAGAGGUGGGUUUCAGCAGGUUCUGACCAGUUCUGGAGAACCGGUAGUAAAAAUUCUGACUGGCCCCGCCCCCAUCUAUUCUCUGCCUCCCGAGUCCCAGCUGAUCGGGAGGAAAUGGGGAUUUUGCAGUAACCUUCCCCUGAAUUGGCCCACCAAGCCAUGCCACGCCCACCAAACCACACCCACAAAACCGGUAGUAAAAAUUUUUGAAACCCACCACUGGGUUAACGAGACAUCAGCAAGGGAAACCACUAAGUUCAGAGAGCACCAAGGGCCCCUGCUUGAUCUUUUCCUGUCCCUCUGCCAAAAUUGGUGUGUUGUCUUCAUUUUUACAAAAAAAAAAAUGAGGAAACCAGCAAGAGAAGAAUCCCAAAUGCCAAUCAAACUGUUUUUGAUCAGGCCUGGCAUGUUUGGAAAACUUUUUUUCUUUUUUGACUGAGGAACAUCAGAUUUUCAAAUGGAUAGCAAUAGCACUUAGACUUGUAUACCGCUUCACAGUGCUUUACAGUCCUCUCUAAGCGGUUUACAGAAUCAGCCUCUUGUCCCCCCAACAAUCUGGGUCCUCGUUUUACCCACCUCGGAAGGAUGGAAGGCUGAGUCAACCUUGAGCCUGGUGAGAUUCGAACUGCCAAAUUGCAGGCAGCCGGCAGGCAGCAGAAGUAGCCUGCAGUACUGCACUCUAACCACUGUGCCACCGUGGCUCUUGGGAUGAAUGACAUCCUUUAAAUCAAAUUGAAACCUAACAAAUUUGACAUAGCCUUAGAGCUGAUCUAACAGCUAGUUUACCCCAGCCGGUUAUAAAUCUUAUCGGAAUAUUUCCAGGGCAACCCAUGAAUUUGUCCUUAAGAUGCCAACGAAGGAUAUCUUCCUUCUGGCAUUUGGUACCCCUAAAUUGUUCCCCCCCCUCAUUUUUUUAACCUGUUUCUUCUCACUUAAGACAAUUGCCUUUUUUUUUUAAGAUUGCACAGGUAGUCCUCAACUUAAGACGGCAAUUGAGCCCAAAUUCCCAUUGCUAACUGAGGCAAUUGUUAAAUGUAUUUCCCAUUUUACGACCUUCGUUGCCACAGUUAAGUGAAUCACCAUGCUUGUUAAGUUACUAAGACAGUUGUUAAAUGAAUCUGGUUUUGCUUUCUCAGAAAGGGGAUCACAUGACCCCAGGAUACUACAACCGUCACAAAUACACGCCAGUUGCCAAGCUUCCGAAUUUUGAUCACAUGACCACGGGGGAAGCUGCAACGGUCUUAAGUGUGAGAAACGGGCCUAAGUCCCCCUUUUCAGUGCCGUUGUAACUUUGAACGGUCACUAAACAAAUGGUUGUAAAUCGAGGACUGCCGGUAAACCGCAGAAGGGCAGGAAGUGACCCCCCCCAGAUCCAUUACAUUUAUUACUCAUAAAAUGAAACAAAACAUUAAACAGUUCUAUUUAUGUACAGUAGUGACUUACCAAGCACGUCUAAAUUAUAUUAAAGCAGCCAAAAUAACUCUACAA